AUGGUAUUUGCAGUUGUGCGCCCCAGUAUGAUAUCCUCCGAAACUCCAGCCAAAGUAGCAUGUUUUUGUUCGAAACUUCGCAAUUUCUCAAAGAGACAUGUCGCGUCGUCGUCGUUAUACCGUCAGUGUUGGUUGUUCCGGCAGCCUAUUGCAGAUUCACAUGACGGUGCACGGGAUGCAGCAGCACGAGCAGUCGUCGGUCGAGAGGCAGCUGCACUUGCCGGGCUGAGGCUUGACGACAGAGCCGGCAGUCGAGGAGAUGGUGGAAGCAGGCAUUUUUGCAAAAUGUGCAGAGAAAGUUUCGAAUUUGAUCGUGAAGCAACUUAUGAGUGUAUGCGAAGAGUAGGGUGA